CAUUAGUUGCUCUUUGUGUAUGGUGUAUGUGUGCACAAUUUACGCAGAAGUCAUCUACACCAACAGUUGGGCUCUAUAUUUAGGUGGCACUCCUGAACAAAUCAACAAGAUUGCAAAGAAACAUGGUUUCCAUAUAUUGGGAAAGAUAUUUCCAGAUGGCAACUAUUACCAUAUGGAGCAACGAGGGGUGGCAAAACAAUCAUUGCAGGCACACUAUUUGCAUAAUCUUCGACUGAAAAUGGACCCUACGGUGCUUUGGUUUGCACAGCAAUCUGGAAGGAGUAGAAAUAGAAGAACUCUCACAGUAACCACUGAUCCAUUUUUCAAUCAGCAGUGGUACCUGGUACAUAGUGAGGCCUUUAAUCAGAAUGUGGUGGCCGCCUGGGCUCGAGGCUACACAGGCAAAGGGGUAGUGGUGUCCAUCUUAGACGAUGGCCUAGAGACAAGCCACCCAGACCUUGCUGAAAAUUAUGAUCCACUGGCUAGCUAUGACAUGAAUGAUAAUGACCCCAACCCAGAGACUCAAUACUCUCUGACCAGACCAAAGAGGCAUGGAACACGGUGUGCUGGGGUGGUGGCAGCGGUGGCAAAUAAUGGGGUGUGUGGGGUUGGAGUGGCAUAUCAGGCCAAGAUCGGAGGAGUUCGGAUGUUGGAUGGACAAGUGACUGACCUGAUAGAAGCCAUGUCCUUAAACUUGAAUCAGAAGCACAUUGACAUCUACAGCGCAAGCUGGGGACCUGAAGAUUUGGGGAGGAAUUUGGAGGGGCCAAACACAUUAGCUAAAGAAGCCUUUAUCAGAGGCAUAAGCAAUGGCCGAGGUGGCUUGGGUUCCAUUUACGUCUGGGCUUCAGGCAAUGGGGGCGCCAGCUUUGACAACUGCAACUGCGAUGGCUACACCAACAGCAUUUACACGUUGUCUGUUGGAAGUACCACCGAGAAGGGAACUCUGCCGUUCUACAGUGAACCCUGCUCGGCCAUUCUAACAACUACCUACGGUGGUGGAAGCUUUCAACACCACAGAAUUGUCACCACUGACCUGCAUCAGUCCUGCACCUCUGACCAUACUGGGACCUCUGCCUCUGCCCCUCUGGCUGCUGGGAUUAUUGCACUGGCUCUGGAGGCAAACCCAAGACUCACCUGGCGUGAUGUGCAACACCUCGUGGUGCGAGCAUCAAGACUGGCAGAUCUUCGAACGCAUGAUUGGCGGACUAAUGGUGUUGGUAGACCUGUCAGCCAUUACUAUGGAUAUGGGCUCCUGGAUGCAGGUAGACUGGUGGACUUGGCCGGUAAAUGGAAAACAGUCAAACCUCAAAAGAAGUGCACCAUUGACCUCAUUACCAGAUCCUUUGAACUCCGCAUGAAACUAACAUUGAGGUGGAAUGUGACAGCUUGUCAUGGCACCAGGAAUUGGAUUCGGUCUCUGGAGCACAUUCAGGCACGUCUCACACUGACCUAUAGCAGACGUGGAGAUCUCUCCAUCACCCUCAUUAGCCCGAAGAAGACAAUCUCCAAUUUACUCACAACCAGGCCCUACGAUAAUACGUCUGCAGGGUUCUCAGACUGGGCCUUCAUGAGUACACACUGCUGGGAUGAGGAUCCCUCUGGAUAUUGGGUUCUACGGAUAGAAAACAACGGAGAUUCAAACAACAGAGGAUUCCUGUUGAAAUUUCAACUGGAGUUGCAUGGGACAGCUGAACGCAUGAUAGGCCGUCGCAUGGAGAGGGCAGUGGUACAGCAGUGUGCAGUGAGGAACUCUGAUGGCGGCUGUGAAGGCAGGCUACUACAUUAUUCAUUCCCUGAAUUUAGUUUACAAUGAAACAGUUGCACACACACUGUCAUUUCACAUUCUGGAAGACAUCUAGGAAAGAGUUACUAACCAAGCAAGUAUCCUCUGUUUAUAGAGUGCAUAUACCCACUAUACGUUUUUGAGAACAGCUGCCUGAUGUCCUGUCCACCUCACUACUAUGUAUCAAAUGGAAACAGCACCCGCUCCUCUCAGAGGUGCUUACCCUGCCAUCGCAACUGCCUCACUUGUUUCGGCAAACAGGACACAAACUGUCUCGACUGCCCUCCAUAUUCCACCUUGGAUUCUCGUCGCAGUACCUGUAGUCCCCCCGUCUACCCCUGGGACCACAAAGGUAAAGUAACAAAUGGCAUGGAUCGGACGGCAGCGGUUCUGGGUAUUCUGAUCGGAGGGCCGCUGGUGAUUUUGUUUGUCAUGUGGGCGAUUGCAUGUAUGGUGAGCAGGUCGUUUCUACCACGUGGUGCUGCCAGGAACCAGGUGGACAUCAGCACCAGUCAUAGCAAUGAUGAGUCCAGGGAUGUGGAGAUGGUGGUAUUCAGUAUUACAGAAAGCCAGGCAGAGAACAGCGAGAGUACAUCUACAUUCACCAACAUUCCCAAUACUUCAAGAGAAACAUGACUCACUUCAGUCAGCAUAGAAUUCAUUAUUGGCUAAUUUCAUGUUGACUAACAGAAACAGAUGAAACAUUUUACAAAUAGCUUUUAUUGUUACUCCAGUAUCAUUCACAAACUUUUGGAUGGAUAAAAUAAAUAUAUG